UAUGUCGUCGAACGGAAGGAACACAACAGCACUUAUUGGAUAAAAGUGAAUGAAUACGGAUGUCUCGACUGCGAGUAUACUGUCCUCAAUCUGAGCGAAAACAACGAAUACGACUUCCGAGUGUCGGCUGUGAACAGCGCCGGUAAGAGUGAGCCCUGCCUUAUGAGCACAUCAGUGAAGGUGCAGGAGAUCGCCGGCGGAGCCAAACCAGAGUUCGUUCGCAAACUGUUCAACAAAAACACAAACCUUAAGUCACAGAUCACUCUGGAGUGCGAAGCCAUUGGCAAACCGGUGCCGAACGCGCGUUGGUUUAGGAACGGAAAGGAAUUGCAUUCGAGUGCAAGGAUUAAAGCCAUGGAAUCGGAAGACGGAGUCUUCAAACUGGUGUUCGCCGAAGUGUGGGAUUCGGACGAAGCGGACUAUACCUGCGAAGCCAUCAAUUCGUUGGGUUCCGACAAAACUAGUGCUUCCGUACGCAUAGCAGCGCCGCCUCAGAUCAUCCGCUGUCCAAACGAAGUGUAUUUCCCCGAAGGAGACAACGCGAAGAUCAAGAUAUUCUUCUCCGGUUCGGCGCCUUUCGAUGUGAUUCUCUUCAAAGAGGGUCUGGAAGUGAAAGAGUCGGAUCACCUCAAGUACACCGUAUUCGACGAAUACGUGAUUAUCUUCAUCAGAGAUGUGGUGAAGUCGGAUGAGAGUAAGUAUAAGAUAGCGGUGAAGAACGAGUCGGGACAGGCGGACGCGUCGUUCGCUGUGUUCGUCACAGGACUGCCCGGAAAGCCGACCGGACCUCUGGAGGUGCCGGAGAUAUCGCGAAACGCGGCGACCAUUACGUGGAAAGCGCCCAAAUAUGACGGCGGAUGUCGUGUCACUCACUAUAUCGUUGAGCGCAAAGAGACGUCUCAUUCGCAUUGGAUUACCGCCACCUCUAUGUGUAAGGAAACCAUUUUCACGGCUCAGGGGCUGACAGAAGGCGGCGAAUACCUGUUCCGAGUGCUGGCCGUCAAUGAGAACGGACAGAGCGAACCACUCGUCGGCGAGAAUCCAAUUAUAGCCAAAUUGCCGUUCGAUAAGCCGUCGGCUCCGGGAGUGCCGGAAGUGACAGAAGUUGGCGGAGAUUUCGUGAAUCUUCAUUGGGAUAAACCGUUGAGUGACGGCGGGAGUCGUAUACAGGGCUACGUCAUCGAGAAGAGAGAGGCCAACACCGAGACGUGGCAGAGGGUGAACGUCGCUCUUUGCCACUCAACGCAAAUCAAUAUCUCAAACCUCAUCGAAGACCGUCAGUACGAGUUCCGGGUGUUCGCCGCGAAUGAGGCCGGACUCAGCCCUCCCUCCUCUAACUCGGGCUCCGUUAAGAUCAAAGACCCGGAAGCGGCCGCUCCUCCGGAGUUCACACAACCGCUGAGACGAGUGCUGGCGGUGGAGAACAAGAGCGCAGAGUUCACGUGUACUGUCGUCGGAGUUCCCAAACCCAACAUCACGUGGUUUAAGGGCGCGCGAGAGAUAUACGACGGCGGGAAGUAUACGAUGCUUAGAGACGGCGACACUUAUAGCCUAACCAUCGCCGGAGUGUACGGCGAAGACGCCGAUGAGUACGCGUGUCGUGCGGUCAACAAAGGCGGCGCCCGAUCGACGCGCGCGGAGCUCGUCAUUAAGACGGCGCCCAAGAUAUCAGUGCCGCCGAGGUUUCGGGAUUUGGCCUGUUUUGAGAGGGGAGAGAACGUCUCCAUUAAGAUCCCAUUCACCGGCAAUCCUAAGCCGAACAUCAAAUGGUCGAAAGAGGGCGAAGAGAUCGAAAGGGGCGACCAUUUCGAUGUGAUUGUGAAGGAAAGGCACGCCAUUCUCGUGAUCCGAGACGUGUCUAAACUGGAUUCGGGUCCGUAUUGUAUAACCGCUGAGAACGAGUUGGGCGUCGAUUCGGCCACUAUUAACGUGCAGAUCAGCGACAGACCAGAUCCGCCGCGAUUCCCGAUCGUGGAACAGGUGGGCGACGACUUCGUGACGCUGUCGUGGAAGGGGCCGCUCUGGGACGGGGGGUCGACGAUCACCAACUAUAUCAUCGAGAAGAAGGAGCCCUCGAUGUCCAGUUGGGUCCGUUGCGGUCACACCCGCUUCCUCUUGCAUCAGAUCACUGCUCUUAAUCCCAACAAAGACUACGAGUUCCGAGUGUUCGCCGAGAAUGUGUACGGAAGGAGCGAACCCUCGGAGACCACUCAGAAGAUCACAACCAAACCGUCCGAAAAGGACAAACACAAGCGGAAGGGCUGGGAGUUCGACGCUAUGGGCAGAAAGAUUAGGGGAAAACCUGAGGGAAAAGUGACUAAUUAUGACCAAUUCGUGUCGGAAGACGAGCGCCUGAUUGGACAGGCGGUGGACAUCAAGACGUCGUCGGUGUACGACUUGUACGACAUCCUGGAAGAGAUAGGAACGGGUGCUUUCGGUGUUGUCCAUCGGUGUCGCGAGAAGAAGUCCGGCCGUAUAUUCGCCGCCAAAUUCAUUCCGGUUUCGCAUCCCUUAGAGAAGUCGAUAAUCCGGAAAGAGAUCGAUAUAAUGAAUCAUUUGCAUCACAUUAAGCUCAUCCGUCUUCACGACGCCUUCGAAGACGACGACGAGAUGUGUCUCAUCUAUGAGUUCAUGUCUGGCGGAGAACUGUUCGAACGGAUCACUGAUGAGGGCUAUAAGAUGUCCGAAUCGGAGGCCCAGCACUACGUGCGGCAGAUCUGCGAAGGCGUCAAACAUAUGCACGAGAAGAAUAUCAUUCAUUUGGAUCUAAAGCCCGAGAAUAUCAUGUGUCAGAAGAAGGACAGCAACAAAAUCAAGAUCAUUGACUUCGGUUUGGCCACUAAACUGGAUCCGCACGAAGUCGUCAAGAUAUCGACGGGAACUGCAGAGUUCGCCGCACCCGAGAUCGUCGAGAGAGAACCCGUCGGCUUCUACACAGACAUGUGGGCCGUCGGUGUCCUGUCGUACGUCCUGUUGAGUGGAUUGAGUCCAUUCGCCGGCGAGAACGACAUCGAGACCCUCAAGAAUGUCAAGACCUGUGACUGGGAUUUCGACGAACAAAAGUUCGCAAACGUGUCGAAUGAGGCCAAGGAUUUCAUUCGCCAUUUGCUCACCAGAAACAAAGACAAGCGAAUGACAGCUCACGAGUGCUUAGAACACGAUUGGCUGAAAGGCACAGACGUGUCGACCACUCCUAUACCCAACAGAAACUAUAUCGACAUUCGGGACAAGACUCGCGCCAAAUACGACACUUGGCUCUCAGCGCUCGUCCCCAUCGGACACAUCGCUAACUACAGCUCUCUUCGCAAACUGCAGGACGAGAAGUACAAAAUGCAAGAAGUGUUGUUCGACAGGCGGGAAGCGGUGCCGCGGUUUAAUCACUACGGCUUCCGCGAAGAGCCCGUAUUCCUCAACGUUCAUCCGCUGCCCAAAGACUUACCGCCGUUUAAAUUGGAUGAACCCGUGAGGAGACGACGGGACGCACCGCCGCCGCUAUGGGAAGAGCCCAAGGAUUGUGCGCCACAUUUCACAUUCCUCUUGAGACCCCGUGUUAUUCAAGUGGGACUCGGAGUCAAACUGUUGUGUUGUCUCAAUUCGAAGCCAUGGCCUGAGAUUCGGUGGUUUAAAGACGGGCGCGAACUCAGUAAACACGAGUACACUAUGUCUGCGGCCGACGGCGUCUGCACUCUAAUCAUCACUUCUUGUAGACUAGAAGACGCCGGAAAAUACACGUGUCUUGCGGUCAACCAUUUGGGAGAAGCGGAGAGUUCUUGUAAUCUCAUAAUCGAAGCGAAACGCUCGGUUCCGACGCACUCGCCCUCACCAGUGGUUAUCUCUCCUCCCAUAUCGAGGAUCCAUACGCCGACCCCUCGAUCACCGGUCCCUCCGUUAGACACAUAUAUACGAGACUUUAGAGAAUCAAAGAGACAACAAUCAUAUUCAUCCAAAAGACACGACUCAUCCAAUUAUUCUUCACAUCACUCCUAUUCUUCUGAUACCUCUUCUUAUCAAAGAAGCUCUUCUGUCAAGAGUUCAUCGAAAUAUCAGUCGAACUAUAGUUCGAGUAAAUAUAAAUCGGACGCAAAGACAUCGGCUGUCAGUACGGGAUCUCAUUAUUCGGACACAAAACGAUCGGUUCCUUCGAGUGCUUCGCCGACAACACCGACGACACCCGGAGGCUCACGAAGACGACAGAGCACUAAAGAGAUAGCA